AUGAGUUCCUCGGCCAGCUCUAGUAACGUGGUCGGCGUACACUACCGAGUGGGAAAGAAGAUUGGGGAGGGGAGCUUUGGCGUUAUUUUCGAGGGCACGAACCUCCUCAACAACACCCAGGUCGCCAUUAAGUUUGAGCCCAGAAAGAGUGACGCACCACAACUCCGCGAUGAAUACCGCACAUACAAGAUCUUGGUCGGGUGCCCGGGCAUUCCCAAUGUCUACUACUUUGGCCAGGAAGGUCUGCACAACAUCCUGGUCAUUGACCUGCUCGGACCGUCUCUCGAGGAUCUCUUCGACCACUGCGGCCGCCGAUUCUCCAUCAAAACCGUCGUCAUGGUCGCCAAGCAGAUGUUGUCACGAGUGCAGACCAUCCACGAGAAGAACCUGAUCUACCGCGACAUCAAGCCGGACAACUUCCUUAUUGGUCGCCCGAAUACGAAAGCCCAAAACGUUAUUCACGUGGUGGACUUUGGUAUGGCGAAGCAGUACCGAGACCCGAAGACGAAGCAGCAUAUUCCAUACCGCGAGCGCAAAUCAUUGUCAGGAACAGCAAGAUACAUGUCAAUCAAUACACAUCUGGGGCGCGAGCAGUCUCGACGAGACGAUCUCGAGGCAUUGGGACAUGUCUUCAUGUACUUUUUGCGAGGAGGACUACCAUGGCAAGGAUUGAAGGCAGCGACAAACAAGCAGAAGUACGAGAAGAUCGGAGAGAAGAAGCAGACCACUGCCAUCAAGGACCUGUGCGAAGGCUUUCCAGAAGAGUUCAACAAAUACCUUUCCUAUGUGCGCAACCUCGGCUUCGAGGACACUCCAGACUACGACUACCUGCGCGAUCUCUUCACAAAGGCUCUUCAAACACAUGGCGAAGUCGAGGAUGGAGAGUACGACUGGAUGAAGCUGAACAACGGCAAAGGAUGGGACGUACCCCAACGCCCAUCGGCAGCAGCCGGCCACCGCGAGCAAGGAAACCCCUCAAACGCAGACCUCCACCGCAGUACCAUGAACCGAGCCUCGAACGUCCCACAAAUCGACAAGGAGAAGCCCCUGCCUAGCAAGCCGGGCGCCGUACGCCAACCCGCACCCCAGCGAGGAGUCCAGCCCGGCCGGAGACCACAAAACAGCGCCGAAAUGGGCAAGCGCGGCAGUGGCAUGCAGCUCGAGACGCCCGACCACCGUAGCACGGCCGCGCAAUUCCAAAACAGCCGUGCAGACCUCACCCGACCCACGGCCGCGACUGGAAACAGCAACCCUCAGACAUCAAACCCACCCGCGCGGCCCGCCCAGCAACCUGAACAGAAGGAAGGAUUCAUGAGCAAGGUCUUUGGCGCGUGUUGCUGCAAAUAG